AUGUCAGAAGUUAGGUCAAAAGUCAUGUCAGAAGUUAGGUCAAAGAGCAGGUCAGAAAUCAUGUCAGAGAUCAUAUCAGAAGUCAGGUCAAAGCUAAACGACAUGAAAGGUGAAACCUUCGAUCCGACCCGCGUGUACCUGUUCUGGCAAGCGUUGGAGCAAGAAUUUGGCCCGAUCUUCCGGAAGGACAUGCCCGGUCAUCCGAAUAUGGUCUUUAUAACUAACCCGGAGGACGUGUGCGCUAUGUUCGAGGCCACGAGACUUGACCCGGUUCGACCUGGAUUGACCUCGCUCAAGAAGAUUCGGGAGGAACAGGGCGAGGAAUGGUGGCGGGUGCGGCGUCGUGUCCAGAAGCCGAUCACCGACCCGGCCCUCGUCAGCCGCUACCUGCCGGCCAUGGACGACGUCGCCAAGGCCUUCUUCCUCGACUCCUUGUACGAGACCGAGAACGUGAAACUCUGGCAGUAUUUCCCGACAACUUCUAUAACGAGGUUGAAGGAAGCUCAUGGUGUGUUUAGCGAAGUCGCCCUUCGAGCCAUAGAGGACACCGAGAGGGCGCUCGCAUCCUGCAGGAGGGAGAGAGAGGAACCAAGGAGGCUGAGUUUGCUGGAGACCCUGCUAGCGACGCCCGGCUUGUCCAGAGGAGAUGUGCUUACCUUCCUGGUCGACUUGCUGGCGACGGGGAUAGAUACCACAUCCCACUCCGUUUCUCACAUGCUUUACCUGCUGGCCAAAAAUCCCGAAGUGCAGGGGCGUGUCAUUCACGAAAUCGAUGCCGAAGUUGGCCAACCCGAACACCUCUCGCCCGAACACAUAGCAAGGCUUAGCUAUACUCGGGCUGUUUUUAGAGAGACGCUGAGAAUUAUGCCAGUUGGUAUUGGUAUCACCAGAAGACUGAACCGUGACACUGUGCUCGGGGGUUACCUGGUACCUAAAGGGUGGCAGGUCGUCGUUCCCUCGAUGCUCGUCAACCACAAGGACUCGAUUUUCCCGAGGGCGAGUGAAUUCCUGCCGGAGCGGUUCGUCCGGGGGUCGCCUCUCGCCCCAAAGCACAGCUACGCGUUCCUGCCCUUCUCCGUCGGCACCCGGAUGUGUAUUGGGAGGCGCAUCGCUCAGCAGGAGAUCAUGUGCUUGUUUGUCAGGGUUUUGGGCGAAUUCACCGUGGAUUACAAACACGAAGAUAUCCACCUGGUUAAUAAACUUAAUUAUAGGCCGUCACACCCACUGAGGUUUACGUUUAAUGACAGAGCUUAAAGUGGACUGUUUGUGUGUGUGUGUGUGUGUGUGUGUUCGUUCGUUUUAAUAAAUGUUAUGUUGUGGAA